AUGACUGAUAGAUUGACUCAAUUGCAAAUAUGCUUAGAUCAAAUGAUGGAGCAAUUCUGUGCUGCGCUGAAUUAUGUCGAUAAGAACCACGAUUUUGAGCCAGCGGAUGAGACUGAGAUGAAGAUGUCUGACCGGCACGCUACGGUAGCUCCUCCGGAAGAAUUCUCUAAUACAAUUGAUGAGUUGUCUACUGAUAUCAUCCUAAAGACCAGACAGAUCAUUAGGCUAAUAGAUUCUCUGCCGGGCGUUGAUGUCUCUACGGCAGAACAAUUGCAUAAGAUUGACACGUUACAGAAGGAAUUAGUCAAAGUUGAAGAGCAGAAGGUUGAGGCUAUUAUGAGAAAAGAGAAACUGAUGAAGGAUGUGAGCGGACUGAUUGCAUUUUUUGUCGGUGGUAUUUCAAGCUCCAGAGAAGCCCUUGCGCAACCAACUGAAUCGAAUGAACAGUAA